AUGGUGGCCAAACAGCGCAUCCGGAUGGCUAACGAGAAGCACAGCAAAAACAUCACCCAGAGGGGGAAUGUAGCCAAAACCCUGAGGCCGCAAGAAGAGAAAUAUCCUGUGGGACCAUGGCUGUUGGCACUGUUUGUUUUUGUUGUCUGCGGCUCAGGAGCCCUGUGGAGAAGGGUUCGGAGGCCUCCCCAGAGCUCUGUGAUGUGGACGCUGCUGUGCAUCAGCAAUGUCUGA